AUGCAGUUAUGUGAUUUUGGACUUGCUAUGUGGGGACCAACAACUUCAUUGUUUACGAUACAAAACGACGUAGUAGGAACCUUUGGUUAUCUUGCACCUGAACAUUUCAUGUAUGGAAAGGUGAGUGACAAGAUAGAUGUAUAUGCCUUUGGUGUUGUCCUACUUGAACUCAUAUCAGGAAGGGAACCGAUCCACUCGAAAGCUUGCAAAGCAUGCCAGAGUUUGGUCGCGUGGGCAAAACCGAUUUUAGAGAGUGGAGAUGUUAAAAGGUUAAUGGAUACAAAUUUGCAAGGAAAGUUUGAUGUAGAACAAAUGAACAGAAUGGUUCUUGCAGCGUCGCUAUGCUUAACACGGGCUGCGCGGCUUCGUCCUACAAUGAAUCAGAUACUAAAUAUAUUGAAAGGAUGCGACGAGAAAGACGAAAACAUGUUUAAAUCUCAAGAGAGUAAUCGCGAUCAUUCAGAAAAUCAAGAAAACGUUGAUGACGAAGUUUAUCCGAAAUCAAAUGCAGGAUUGCACCUAAACCUUGCAUUACUUGAUAUUUGA